UUGGAAGCAGGCAGGUUCGGAGAGAGUGGAAAGCGGAAGCAGAGAUAUACACUGCAUCAUUUGUGAAGGAAGGUGGGCUUUUAGCACAGGAAUUAUCACGUGACUGAACUUUCCAAAUAGUUUCUGUCAUUAUUGGCAUCACAAAACACAUGCACAUAAGAAAGCUAAGUAAAAUCUGCAACAAAAACGUAUAAAAGCUAUCAUCGUUGUUUUUAUUGCAGAUACGCAUCUUAUAGCCUACAGUUCUAAACUAGAUGUAUCUGUCAGGACGCUAAGCGACGGAUGAAGUGUUUUUUGUGUGAACUGACUUUCCAAAGCUUGACCGCAGCUAACGAGAACCAGAAGGUAAAAUACCAAAAUGCCUUUUAAGAGCAUCAAAAGUUUCUCUGUGGAGCUGGAGGGCCCCGAGGACGCGGUGUUCACCAGCGGAGAGAUGGUGUACGGGAAGGUGGUUCUCGACCUCGGCAGGGAGAUCAAGGUGAGGUCGCUGAAGGUAGCUGGCAGUGGCGUGGCGACCGUGCACUGGAUCCAGAACCGCAGCGUGGGCAUGAACAUCGUCUACAACGACUACUCGUCCAGCCAGACCUACUUCAGAAAACGCUACCGUCUCAUCAGAGAUAACGGGGAGCUCACCGUUCUGCAGGCUGGAAAGCAUGAAUUUCCCUUCAGCUUCCAGCUUCCUGAAGAAACUCUGGUGACCUCCUUUGAGGGAAAGCAUGGCAGCAUCCGAUACUGGGUUAAAGCAAAGCUGCACAGACCCUGGAACACUGUGAAGAAAAUAAAAAAGGAGUUCACCGUGAUCGAGCCCAUUGAUAUCAACACGCCAGCAUUACUAGCAUCUCAAGCUGGCACCAAAGACAAAAUGGCGCGGAUGUGGUACCGUAACCUCGGGCAAGUUUCCCUGACCGCCAAGAUCGACAGAAAGGGCUACACACCGGGUGAAGUGAUCCCAAUCUUCGCGGAAUUUGACAACUCCACCCAUCGCUCCGUGGUCCCGAAGGCUUAUAUCACUCAGACUCAGACCUUCAUCGCCCGUGGCACCAUGAAGCAGAAGAAAUCGAUCGUGGCCACCCUGAGUGGCGACGCGGUCGGGGCACGGAAACGGGAGACCUGGCACGGGCGAGCCAUCAAGAUCCCUCCCGUGGGGCCGUCCAUCCUGCAGUGUCGCAUCAUCCGCGUGGAGUACAUGCUGCGGGUGUGCGUGGAUGUCCCUGGAACCUCCAAGCUGUCCCUGGAGCUGCCCUUGGUCAUGGGCACCAUCCCACUGCACCCCUUCGGCAGCCGCACCUCCAGCGUGAGCAGCCAGUACAGCGUGAACCUGGAGUGGCUCCGCAUGGCCAUCCCCGAGCAGCCCGAGCCUCCGCCAGAUUACUGCGCCAUUGUCUCCGACGAGGAAGCAGAGCGCAACAUGUCCCCACCUCUGAUCGAGGAAGACUUCACGGGGGUCCUGCAGCGCCCCUUCUUUGCCUACGUGCAGGAGUUCCGUUACCGCCCCCCUCCCUUCUACUCUGAGGUUGACCCCCAUCCUCAGACCCCCAACAUGAGAAGACGCUGCAUGACAUGUUGAACAGCACGACGUGACUGAAUAGAAGUGAUUUCGCCUGGAUUCGUUAUCCAGAGACUCGAUUGAAGUCCCGAAGCGUGUUUUGCUAGGGGGCGUGGUUGAAGAAUGAAUGUUUUUUCCCCCCUUUGCAUCUCCAAGGAUUGGAGCGCGGAUGGGAUUUGGACGCCAGGAAAAUCCUGAACCCGCAUCCGCUGGUCUCCCACGCACAGCUCUGGUGCGGUUUUGGAGAAAUAAAAAGUAAAUAAAAACUGUUGAAAAUGAUGCUGGAAAAACUUAACAGUGAUACAAUGCAGACUGCAGAAGAAACAAAGCACUUGCUGUUUGCCGUUCUGUGGCGUACAAGGAUGAAAAUAUAAUCCUUCCAACUAUAGCCUGGGAGAGAAUCUGGAUUCUAUCAUAUCAGCCUUUCUGUUUGAACUGAGGGCAGACUACGCCCAUGCAAGAAGAAAUGGGACAUUCGCUGCACUGUAGAAAUCUGAGUUCUAUGUGGUACAUACUGUGGUACACACUGAUCUGUGGUACACACCAAUGCAAAGCCUUCACCUCAUAGAUAUGCAAUCUUUCAGGAAUAUGCAGAAUGCCAAAAACAAAAUGUUUCAGAAGUUGCAUUUGUGUCUUUUUAUGAAUCCAGCUUCUCCUGGACGAUGCAUAGCCAGCUAUGUUCUUUUAUAGAACUGUAUAGCAGUACUGAAAAGUGAGAAUGAGACGUAUAAAUAUAUAUGAACCAGGCACAGUACUUUUAUAUGUAACAACAGCUUUCACAAUGCUUGAAAUGUUAAAACAAAUAACCAAAGAAGCUAAAUGCUUUCAGGGAGCAGUGCAGGAGGGAGGGGAUACAUGGCUUUAAAAUCCAAUACCUCCUGGUUAUAUUAUCUGAGCCAUACUGUUUGUGAAUAAAUAGUUGUGAAUGAUUAUUACAACACAUUCCAUAAUGUAAUAGAGCUGUCUUCUUGUUCCCAUACUGUGAUGGAAAUGGAACGGUCGCCCUGUGUUGGUGUGGGAGUGUAACACAAGACAGCAAAUACAAAGAUUGUUUAGAUGUUCUGUAAGUAGUGUUUACACAAAAAGGAGUCUAAAUGUCUUGCCAAAGAUAAUCUGUUCAGUACCUGUGGUUUUUUUUUUUUUGUGUGUUUUGCUACACGUUUUCUAAUAAACAAAGAAAAAAUA